AUGGUGGAGAGGGAGUUCCAGACUUUGACGUCACAGACAGAGAAAGAACGACGUGGCCUCUCCGACUCCUCUCAGCGCCCUGACGAUGUCCGGUGUGAUGACUGUUCCCAUGGCGAUGACCCCAUAUGGGAGACACAGGUGGAGAAGAAGGAGGAAGAAAAGUUGAUCCCAGAGGAGGAGCAAAGGAGGGACAUUGAGAAGUUCCUCAGGGGCCUCCUGAUCCCAGGGCAGGAGGAUCGAGGGGAGGAAAGUUCCAUCAUGGGGGAACCUCUAGACAUACCUAACCUGCUGAACCCCGACCUCGGUUCUAACCUCUCCCCUUUAGUUCCCGACUUGCUCCCCGAUCUCUCACCCUUGCUCCACGACCUGGCCCCCAACCUGACCCCCAGCGAAGACGACUUCCCCCCUCUCCCGAGCGCCGCGUCUCCAUGGCAAGGUGACAGGCUGUGGCAGGGCUCUCCGCCUGCCAACCUCCCCACACCUCUCAUCCCCAUCCCUGGCCCCUUCAACCUUCUGGGCAAAGUGGCUGCCUGUAUCAAGGCCUCAGCUCCAGCUCAAGCCCCAACUCCUGCCCCAGUCCCAGCUCCAGCCCCAACUCCUGCCCCAGUCCCAGCUCCAGCCAAGGUCCCAGCAAUCCAGGUCACGGCCUCAGCCCGUUCUUCAACUCCAGCCCCAGUCCCAGCUCCAGCCAAGGUCCCAGCAAUCCAGGUCACGGCCUCAGCCCGUUCUUCAACUCCAGCCCCAGCAAAGGUCCCAGCAAUGAGGAUUACGGUCCCAGCCGCAACCCCUGCUCCAGCCAAGGUCCCAGCAAUCCAGGUCACGGCCUCAGCCCGUUCUUCAACUCCAGCCCCAGCCAAGGUCCCAGCUACCAGGAUUACGGACCCAACCAAGGCCCGAGCUCCAUCAACAACCCAGCAGGAGAUUUAUGACCUGAUGGCUGACUUCCCAGCCCUCCAGCCCCAGGGGAAAGCACCUCCACUGGGUUUGCAGCAGCCUGCCAAUGCCCCGUGCCGGGCUCCGACCACCAAUGUGGAGCUACUUCUCCAGGACCUACCCUACAGCGCCUUGUUCAAGGCCCAGGAAGGUGACCGGGAGCUGGGCAGACAGGAUGGUAAAAGAGUGGCCAAGGGACCCAAGAAGAUGGAGUCUGAACCCGAGGAGGAACCUCAAGACAUUACCGUUGUUACUGAUGAUGUUGACCAGUGGCCUGAGAUCACCACUACCAAGCAGCCUGCAUUCACCCAAGCCACUCAACAGGUUAUAGCCG